AUGGAAUCUGCGCCCCAGAAGCGUCAGCGCACCGAGCUGCAGCUCGCCCGCAAACGACAGGCUGACCGGGUCAGCCAGAAGGCCAAACGCGAACAGGCCAAGCGUAACAUGGACCAUCUCGAGACACAGCUCGCCAAGUUGCAGGACACGGUGGAAUUACUAUCGGACCAACUGCAGGCGAUGCAUGCAGAGCUGCGCGAAAGAGACAAGCACUGCCCUUCUCAUUGUCGCCCGCCACCGCCCCAGUCCACUGCUUCGGACGUGCAACCGCUGGGUUCGCUGGAUGGAGAUAAUAAUGCCGAAACAAGCAAGGACGAAAACCCGAGUGAAGUACCUGCGAAACAACCAUCGUCGAAGAAGCGAAAUCGUUCCCCGGCAGACUCCCCUCUGGAUCUGAUCAAAUGCCUGUGUGGCGUGCAGCACCAAGUGCAGUCGGAAUGUUUGGAGUAUUCCACCUUUUCAAUUCUGCUCAAGACACACGAAAACCUAGCCGAGGGCAAAGAACUUCCGAUCACGACAUGGCUACCGCGCACACCGUCGCUGGUGUCGAUAUUCUGCCCGGCUGCAAGCACAAACCCUGUGAUUCGUAUACUAGGAGCCUUUUUCCGACAAGUGCACCCAACCAAAGUGUCGACGUUACUUGCCUGUUGUUUGCUGAUGUACCGAUAUUUGAGAUGGCGCUUAUACCCAGACAAAGAAACCUUCCGCGACGUCCCCGAAUGGGUACACCCAACCGAGAUCCAAAAGACCGUUCCUCACCCCGUCUGCGUUGACUUUAUUCCCUGGCCCAAACUACGUGAUUAUAUUGUCUUACAUAAGUACACCGACCCGCGACAUUCGGUCUCGCUCUUCAUCCGCUCAAUUCGGGUUCGCUGGCCAGACAACCGAGACUUUUAUACCAUGUCCGCACAAGGCGAACUGCUGCUGGAUCCCGAGUUUGAAGAGGCGGUUUAUCGGUAUGAAAACUGGCAGAUUUCAAAAGACUGGAUCGAAAUGUUUCCUGCCCUGAAGGACUACGUUAAUGUGGAAGAGGAUGAGGGCGAUUCGCAGACUGCACCCAAUUGGCCGUAA